AUGGUCAACCGCGCUCACCACCACGACGAGUUCGAGAAGAACCAGUUCCUCGGCAAGGAGCUCCAGCACUUCUCCCAGGCUGGUUUCGACCUGGACCGGAUCCACAUCAGGCGCAAUGCUCCCGUCGCCUCCCUCUACGAAGAGGCCAUCAUGAACGAAGGCGCCGUCAUCUCGUCCAACGGUGCUCUCAUCAACUUCUCGGGCAAGAAGACCGGUCGGUCCCCCAAGGACAAGCGUAUCGUGUUUGAGGACUCAUCCAAGGAUGAGAUCUGGUGGGGUCCCGUCAACAUCAAGAUGGACGAGCACACCUUCGAGAUCAACCGUGAACGUGCCAUCGACUACCUCAACACCCGCGACAACGUCUACGUCUUUGACGGUUACGCCGGUUGGGACCCCAAGUACCGCAUCAAGGUCCGGGUCAUUGCUUCCCGUGCAUACCACGCCCUCUUCAUGAACAACAUGUUGAUCCGCCCUACCCCAGAAGAGCUCGCCGACUUUGGAGAGCCCGAUUUCAUCAUCUACAACGCCGGCCAAUUCCCCGCCAACCGUUUCACCGCCGGUAUGACCUCCACCACCUCGGUCGAGAUCAACUUCCGCCGCAUGGAGAUGGUCAUCCUCGGUACCGAGUACGCCGGCGAGAUGAAGAAGGGUAUCUUCUCGGUCAUGCACUACCUCCAGCCGGUCAAGUUCGGCCAGCUCUCGCUCCACUCGUCGGCCAACCAGGCCAAAUCGUCGGAAGGCCAGGAGGAAGGGGACGUCACCCUCUUCUUCGGUCUCUCGGGUACCGGCAAGACCACCCUCUCGGCGGACCCCAACCGUCUCCUCAUCGGUGACGACGAGCACGUCUGGUCGGACACCGGCGUGUUCAACAUCGAGGGCGGGUGCUACGCCAAGACCAUCAACCUCUCGGCGGACAAGGAGCCAGAAAUCUUUGGCGCUAUCCGGUUCGGCUCCAUCCUGGAGAACGUCGUCUACAACCCGGCGGACCGCAAGCCGGACUAUGAUGACGUCUCCAUCACCGAGAAUACUCGGUGCGCCUACCCCAUCGAGUACAUCCCCAACGCCAAGAUCCCCUGUAUCGCCAACCGUCAACCCUCCAACAUCAUCAUGCUCACAUGUGAUGCCUUCGGUGUCCUUCCCCCCGUCUCCCGCCUCACUCCCGAGCAGGCCUCCUACCACUUCGUCGCCGGCUACACGUCCAAGACCCCCGGUACCGAGGACGGUAUCCUUGAGCCCUCCCCUACCUUCUCCACCUGCUACGGUCAGCCCUUCAUCGUCCUGCACCCCGGUCGGUACGCCAAGAUGCUCGCGGAGCGUAUGGAGAAGACCAAGGCCGACUGCUGGCUCAUCAACACUGGCUGGACCGGCGGCAAGUUCGGUACCGGCAAGCGUUGCCCGCUCAAAUACACCCGUGCUAUCGUCGACGCCAUCCACAACGGGUCCCUCGCCAAGGCCGAGUUUGAGAACUUCCCCAUCUUCAACCUCGCCAUCCCCAAGGCGGUCGAGGGCGUUCCAUCCGAGAUCCUCAGCCCGGAGAAGGUCUGGCCCAGCAAGCAGGCCUUCCAGUCAGAGGUCGAGAAGCUCGGAGGCAUGUUCCAGAAGGCGUUUGCAAAGUACGAGGAUGCCAUUGGCGAGGAUGUCAAGAACGCUGGGCCAGUGUUCGCAUGA